GCAUUUAAAAUUAUAGCUGAACAUAGUCGUUUGAACAAACCAGAGCCAUUAAGGAUGUUCAUCGGAGGACCUGCAGGAACAGGGAAAUCGAGAGUCAUCAAUGCCCUAAAAGACUUUUUCAUCAGACAGAAUCAAACACAACGAUUCAGACUCGCCUCAUACAUGGGAGUAGCCACUCGAAAUAUCUCGGGUAUGACUUUACAUGCUUCUCUCUUGUUAAAUCAAAGG